AUGUUGUCCGCCGAAUCACCAGAAUACGACCUACAGAUUGUCGACGCCACAUUUCGACUCUGCAUGCAGAUGCCUAAUCCCGCUCUGUUGGUGGCCCACGACAAAAUGUCGAAACGAUCACUCGCUAUCUACCCGUUAUUGGAUACGACGAUGAAAAUCGCGUCCAUAUUGGCCGGCAAUUUCGGGUUUACCGCCGACGACAUGUUUCAGGGAGAGGUGCUGUCUCGCCUGAUCCUAGAAAGGGGGAGUCUUCAUUACGAUGAGCGUAAUAAAUGUCCAGAAAUCUUCUGUCAGCAUGUGAGCUACAGGUGUGACGCACACUGUUCACAGAAGGGGAGGGAAGGCGAUUUUGAACUACACAACUGCACUGGGACACAUCGUUGCUCAUCUGAGAAGAAAUACAAUAUUCCGAUAUUACAAGUUUGUGAUGGAAUCAGUCUGUGCUCUGGCUCUAAUGAUGACGAGUUUUCGUGUGCCAAGCCUUGUCAGCCAUUUUGUAUGUGUAUUGGUUUAACGGUCAACUGUAGUAACAGCCACCUGAAUUUUGGACGUUUUUCUUUCGAGAACAUAUCAAUUGUCACCAAAAAGGGAGAUCCACGUUAUCCUCGGUUGUCCUACCUCAGUUAUCUAGUGAUAACUGAUUUAACUACCAUGGUUGAUAAUUUCGUCACUGGAUUAAAUCACUUAAGGUUUCGAAGUUUAUCCAAUAACAAUUUACCUUUUCUUUUAGGUAAAGUUUUCAGUGGACCGGCUGUACUAGAUACCCUCGAUCUUUCAAACAGCGACAUGAAUUUUCUUGCCGAGCAUGUGUUCAGUGGACUUUCUGCACUAACCCAACAGUAUCUAUCACACAAUGAAAUUGAUUUUCUACCCGGUAAAGUGUUCAGCGGACUGUCUCUACUAAUAAAUCUUAAUCUAUCAAACAAUAGAAUAUUUUAUCUUCCCGACAAUAUUUUCAGCGGUUUAUCUAAACUUUCCGAAAUCAACCUUGCGAACAAUUGGUUAAGUUUUUCCCCAGGUACAACUGUCUUCAGUAGACUUUCUGCGCUAACCAAACUGUAUCUAUCACACAAUCACAUUACAGAUCUACCCGGUAAAGUGUUCAGUGGGCUGCCUCUACUUUAUUUCCUCGAUCUUUCAAACAAUCAAAUUACAGAUCUACCCGGUAAAGUGUUCAGUGGGCUGCCUCUACUUAAUUUCCUCGAUCUUUCAAACAAUCAAAUUACAGAUCUACCCGGUAGAGUGUUCAGUGGACUGCCUCUGCUAAUACAUCUUAAUCUAUCAAACAAUGAAAUAAUUUUUCUUCCCGACAAUAUUUUUAGCGGUUUAUCUAAACUUUCCGAAAUCAACCUUGCGAACAAUUCGUUACUUUUUCGCCCAGGUACAACUGUCUUCAGUGGACUUUCUAACCUCGAUAGUCUGAAUAUGUCUAACAAUGGCAUCCUGUCCCUCCCCAGGAAUGUGUUUAGCUAUGACACACUCGCACUCAGGUAUCUCCUGAUAGGCAACAAUCUUUUGUCUGAUCUGCCUUUGUUGCCUUUCUCCCUUGAAGUUCUCGAUAUAAAAAACAACAUAAUUACAAAUUUACCAAGCGGAACAUUCACAAAUAAUGGCAAUCUCCUUAUUUUAAAUAUAAUAGGUAACAAUCUGGAUGUUAAUGAUUAUCUGUUUGAAGGACUAGAUAACCUAAUACGAUUACUGACGGAUACUCCCUUCAUGUGUUGUGCUAAACCUAAAUCAGUAACCGACGAUAACUGUUUAAGUACUUCAGCCGAGGCAUUGCAGUGCCGGCCUGGACUUGGUACAUGUAGAUCAGAAGACGAUGCGAUAUCGUCAUGUAACGCCUUGAUUGGUUCGAAUAUACUUCGAGUAUUUCUCUGGUUAAUUGGAAUGUGUGCACUAAUAGGGAACGUUGCGGUCAUCUUUUACAGAUUAUCUUUUGAUAGAAACAAUAUUACAAAGAGUUAUUCAAUCUUUAUACUCAACCUUGGAUUAUCAGAUUUACUCAUGGGUAUCUACUUGGUGAUAAUAGGCGGUGCUGAUGCAUAUUACAAUGAUGUAUACGCAUGGAAUGAUCAGAAAUGGAGAAAAAGCGUUCUAUGCACCACAGCUGGGAUUCUCUCCAAUAUAUCUAGCGAGAUGUCUACGUUCUUGAUACUGCUCGUGACAGUAGACAGACUAAUUGUCAUAGUGUUCCCCAUGGCCCGCCAUUACCAGAGAAACAUUUCGGCGAAACAGGCCUCCAUUAUCUCCGGGUUCCUGUGGUUGGUUUCUAUCACAAUUGCAGUCAUCCCUAUCAUUUCUAUGCAGUCCUAUUUCAAGGGGGAAUUCUAUUCCCAGUCAGGGGUUUGUCUCGCCUUGCCACUGACAACUGCAGAGCAACCAGGAGCGGAGUAUUCCUUUGCGAUUUUCGUUUGCCUCAACAGUUUCAUCUUUGUUGUCAUAGUCAUUUGUCAAAUUUGCAUUUUCAUAAACAUGAGAAUACACGGUGGUAACAUUACGUCAUCACAGACUCGUAAACGAGAUAUGAAUGUAGCAAAGACACUCUUCUUUGUGGUGGCAACGGACUUCUGCUGCUGGUUUCCUAUCGGAGUGUUAGGUGUUGCGACAAAAUACGGAGUCCAAAUUUCCAAUGAAGUGUACGCAUGGGUAAUGGUGUUUGUACUGCCAGUGAAUGCCGCUGUCAAUCCCCUGCUGUACACUGUCUCAGAGGUCUGGAGGAGGAGACGAAGGGCGCUAAGGUUCACAAAUAUGAAGACAACAUCACCACAACAUCUUCAGCGAGCCGCCGUUAUUGAGACUGAAACGUCCGUAUGAAAUACCACUUAUUAAACUCAUGGUAAAGUCUUUUCAGUAGUUUGGCGGAGUUACAAAGGAUAUCGGUGUUCACGUGAUACACUUUACUCAGGAUAUCGGUGUAUCACGUGAUAAACUAUACAAAGGAGAUAGGUGAAUCACGUGAUGAUAUAUACAAAGGUGAUCGGUGUAUCAUGUGAUAAACUAUACAAAGAAGAUAGGUGUAUCAGGUGAUACAAAAGAGAUUGCCGUAAUUUACAGUGCCAUCCUUACAAGGAUCAAAUAUUUCCAGACAUUUGAUUAUGGUGUUUUGUAUGGUUAAAUAUUCCCGGGCGUUUGAUUAUUGUGCUUUGUAUAGUUAAAUAUUUUCGGGCGUUUGAUUAUUGUGUUUUGAAUAGUUAA